UGGCCAGACGGGUAUUGUAAAGUUUCCUCGCCCAGGUACAAAUAGCGAUGAAGUCACCCUUAAAGGUGAUAAGGAACUCGUCGAAAAAAUAAAGGUAGAACUGGAAAGGCUAGUCGAAGAACAGAGCAACCUCACAGUUGGUAUUAUUCAAAUUCCACGCGCUCAACAUCCUGUCAUUAUUGGGCGUAAUGGUACGCAGCUUCGUGAAAUCCAAAAUCGCUUUAAUGUGACGAUUCAAUUUCCUGGCUCUCGAUCAUAUAAUGAUACCCCUAUUGUGAGUCACACUAACGAUAACAUAGAAAAUAGUGAAGAGGCUGUUAAGAUUAUAGGAAAAGCGGAAAAUAUUGAGGCCGCUAAGGCUGAUAUUUUGGCCAGGAUUCGAUAUGUUCAAAUUAAUGUCCCACGUAAAGUCCAUAAUUCUCUGAUUGCUAACGUCGCCCGUAAACUUCGAAAUGAUUUCCACGUUACAUUAGAUUGUGAUGAUGGUGGUGUACAGCCUGAAAUAAAUCACCCUAAAAAGAGCAUUGUGAACGGAAUUUCUACUAAAAGAAUUGACGACGAAAUUUCCGAAAAUAAAGCUGAACUUGGAUGGGAAGUAGUUGAAAAUGAGGAUAAUGCAGUUGGUGAUAUUAUUUGGAAUUUGAAAGGUGAAAAAAUUCAGGAUUUUACU